GCUCAGAGGGCGUGACAAUUCCCACACAGCACAGUGAACUCUUUGUCUUGGAAGCGUCGCCGCGGCGGAAGCUCGAUGUUCGAGGCCGCGCAGGCCUUCUUGUCCGAUGCGACCGAAGCUCCUGCAUCGCCGGAGCCUGCGUCCGAGCCGAACACAGCUGCUGAGAUCGGAGCCACCGCUGAGGGCAUUCGAACUCUUGCCUUGCGCUGCUCGAACAUGACAGAGGCCAACAAAGAGGCCUUGGAACUUGGGGAGAAGUUGCGGGCCGGCGCCAAGAACAUCAUGACCGGCCUGGACAGUGACGCCUCAGCGUGCCACCAGCAGCUGCUGUCAGUCUUGGACGAGAGCGAGAGAAGGCGCAUCAACCUGGCUCUGACCAUCUCAUCGGGGGCGAAUCGAUGCCAUGACUUGAUGCGGGCAGUCAUGGACACGGAGAACAGGGUGGACAACGUGUUUGACCUUACAGGACGGGGCGCAGGAAGCAAUGUCAAGUUUGACAGCAAGUGUAUCAAGUCGGAAGUCAGCAGACUCAGCCAUGUCUUGAGCGAUUUCGAGAACACAAAAGACGCUCUUAGCAAGUUCUGUGACGCUUCACACCGAGAGGCUGCAAUGAAGGCCAUUCAGGCCGCCAGCAACCAGAUCUUGAGUUCUGACAUCCUCGGGGACGUGGUCGAAGUCUGGAACGAGCGCCAGAAGUAUGAGCAGCAGCAGAAGAAGGUGGAGAUUGAGCGGGGCAGAAAGGAAGCCGCCGUCCGACUCAAAGAGGCUGAGAAAAGCUUCCUGGGUGUUAUGCAGAAAGAGGCCAAGCAGGAGGUCCUGCAGAUACAGGACCAGCUGGAGCGCAAGAACCAGGAUUUGGAGAAGCUGCAAAGGAAGGCUCCUGAGAAACAAGAGCUUCUUGCUCAGUUCCGUGAUCAGAAGGAACAAGCUGAGGAGCAACAGCGAGAACUACUUAAGAAGCAGGCCCGGGAUCAAGCACAAGCCAGAAGGCCGUUGGAUGCUUGCGAAGAGCUCAUCGCAGAGCUUCAGACAAAUUUGUCAAACACCGACUCUUUCAACAUCAACCACAUCAUCAUUGCGGUGGACAACAGCAUGAGUAUGACAGGACAGCGCUUUAGGGACGCUGUUCGCGCAGCUACUGCAUUCAGGACUGCCCUUGUGAGCAGAGGCUCAAGUGACAAGAUCAGCGUUGUUGUUUUCAACUCUGUGGCCAAGCGCCUGGUCACUUCCGCUCCAGUAACAGCCAACAUAGCUGACGCGCUACAGAGGGAGGGCUGCAGAGGAGGCACUUGCUUCUCGAAGGCCUGGGAAAGGAUCCAAGAGUGCGCGGUAGCGGAUCCUAAGUUUGCUCGUGUGUUUGUGGUGUUCCUGACCGAUGGCCUCGCGGCGCCGGCAGAUAUCACUUGUGCCGCCUCCAAAUCGGAAGACAUGCAUCGCACACUGCUGGAGCAGAAGAGGUCCAUGUGUGCCUUCUUCGUGCACAUCCAGGAGCAGGGCUUGUUCUUGGCAGCGAGUGAAUCCGAAGAGUUGGUCCGUUCCAGCCUGCUACCUCUUGUACAGGCGGCGAAUGGUGGGCAGGCAAGCGUGUUAUUCUUGGAUGAACACGUUCCCUUGUUGCAGCUUGUUAAGUUGCAAGACUUGGUGAGCGCGUUUGAGAAGCUGACGGACAUGGUCAACAUGCAGAAGUGCAUCUUAGAAGGAAAGGUUGCCAUGCUUCGGAAGCAGCAGCAGCAAUAUAAAGCAAGUAGCGACCAAGAUAUCAAAGACUUGCAGAAGAGGUGCAAAAACCAAAUGAGCAGCCUCAAAGAAUCCAUCCGGGCCGCAGAGAAGCUUGCUGCAGCAGACCAAGACGCAAUCCAGAAAGUCCACAAACAGCUGGCAAAGGAGUUGGACCAGGACAUUGAAAAGCUCAAAGGCCGCCUUGAAGAUGCCCAACAUCAUGAAAACGAUGUGGCGAGGCAACUUGUGGCUUGCGAGAGUGAGCACGCAUCUUUACUUAAAGACUUUGAAGUGUCCCAGCCACUGUACGAGCAGGAAAGAGAGACAAUGUUCAAGAUGAGCCAGACUCAGCUCUCCCAGCUCGACAAGCUGCACGACAAGCAGAAGCAGCUGGUGGAAUGCUUCGGCACCAGCAACACGCGUUUCCUGACUCAGCAGCUUGAAGGCUUGCAACAGAUGAAAGAACAACUUGGCCGCAGUAGUAUGAUGGAGCAGGACCUUGUUUCGAUGGUGGAGAGCAUCGUGCGCUUCACAACUUGCCUGAAGGAGCAACUCGAGGAGCCCCUUCCAGGCGGCACCAAGAAAAUUUCCAAAGCAAAGGUCGCAUUGAAGCAGCUUCUCCGCCAAAGAGGCCUGGACUACAAAGAUGUGCCGCAGGAGGAUAUGCAAGCGCUCAUCAUGUAUGAGGCCAAGAUGCAACGUGCUGAUUGCAAUCCAGAGGAGGUGUGUAACGCUAUCACGAAAGCUGGCGUCACUGCGGAGCAGAUUUGCGAGGCUGUAGAUGAGCUCGACUUGCAGAAAGUGAAGGAGUUCAAAGAAGAGCUCGUGUCUAUCCUCCAGUGCAAGAUGUUUGAAAUGCAGGACUGCAGCACGGAACCUCUGGACGCGAAGAUCAAGAGCACAAAGAAGGCCCUGCACAAGAAGAAGGAGGAGCUGAAAGAGAAGACAGAGGAGUUCAGGCGCUGCAAGAGCGCAAAGAAGAAAGGCGGGGACGAGGAUGAUGAUUGGGAGCUUGUGGGGAACCUUGAAGAGAACAUCAUCGAGUUGCGAGAUGAGCUGAAGGGUAUGGAGGAAGACAUUAAGAAUUUGGAAGCGGAGGUGAAGACGCAAAAGAGGAGCCAGCAGGAUGUCUGCAAGGCGUCCCGACCCACCUUCCGCAUCUUGGAGCUGUUGGUGGACAUUUGCCGCGUGGCCUUCCUUGAGCACAUUGCGGACGAGGAGAAGGCGGCGCUGAAGUCUACCUUCGGGUCCUUCAAAAACAACGUCAUGGAGCCCAUGACAGCUUUCUGCAUAGCAACUCAGAAAGUUCGGCAGGACAUGUUCCCAACGAAGCCUCCCACGCUCUUGACAUCCCCGCCCCCGACACAUCAUUGCAAACCCCUUGCUCUGACCUUUUCCAACUGAGAUUAGGUGCAAGUUACGAGUAGCUACACGGGAAGAGCCGUGGAGCUGUCACGCCACUGAAUUGACUUGACAGGCAGUCGCUUAUGCAUGGUUCUGAGUUCUAACCGCGGACGAGUCGUCCAAACGGUGAUUGCGCCAAAUUGGGGCCUUUUCCAUGGAUUCUUGUCGGAUGGCUUCACAGGACAACAUUGUGCAAAUUGGCAACUAUUCAGCGUGGAUUGGACAGGGCAAACUCAAAUUGACGCAUUUCUGUGAAAUCUGUGGACUGAGUCAGUCCAAAGCUGGCGUGAACAUCGAUUUACAAGCGCCGGAGCC